CGGAGCUCGGAUGCGUCGGGCAAAGAGAUGGCCUCGUCGGCUUCCCUGGAGACGGUCAUGCCAUCCGCCUGCAUCCGGACCGGAGCCGCCAACCCCGCCAAGAGUUUGGCCUUCUCCAUCGAGCGGAUCAUGGCCAAGGGCUCGGAGCCUCACCACAAACCCGCCGCCGCUGCCGCCGCCGCCGCCUUCGAGGUCAGGCCGAGCGAAUCUCCCGCCAAGAAGCUGCUAAGCCUCUGCUCGCCUCUGCCCGGCGUGAUCCCGGUCCAGCCCCUGCCGGCCUACGAGAUGCCCUCCAAGGCGCUGCUCAACUGCUCGGAGCUCUGGAAAGGUAGCUUGCGGCACUGUGGGGCGGCGGCGGCGGCGUUGGGCGGCUCGACCGGCGCCUUUUGCAAGAGCAACUGCGGCGCUUGCUACAAAGGGGAGCUGCCGCCUCCGCCUCUCCUGGGCCAAGCCGCCUUGCCGGGGGCCGGCCGGGUGAUCAAACCCCAGGUCAUCCACCAGACUGUGGCCCUGCCGGCCAACGGAUCUAGCCUCUACUACUUCAACUGCCUGGACUCUUCCGCCUACCACCCGUCGGAGAUCCUCCAGGGCCAACUCUUCGCCUCCGGCCUUCUGCAUUCUCCCAGCCCGGCCGCCGCGGCGGCGGCUGCUGCAGCCGCCCUAUCCGCGCAUCAGAAACUCUUUCUGCUGGAAAACGCCAAGUUGGCCGCUUUGGCCCCGCCGGAGAAGUUCUCCAACCCCCAGUACCCCCACAAAGAGCGCCUCCCUGGCCAGCUAGACCAGGUGGUGAAGGAGAACUCCAGCCUGGCCGUCGAGAGGCCCGGCGGGAAAGCCCACCACCACCACGCCAAGCUGGGCGCGGGGUCAGGCGGCGGAGGCGGCACCUCGGCCGACGGGAAGCCCAAAAACUUCACCUGCGAAGUGUGCGGCAAGGUGUUCAACGCCCAUUAUAACCUAACCCGGCACAUGCCUGUUCACACCGGAGCCAGGCCCUUCGUGUGCAAAGUUUGUGGGAAAGGUUUCCGUCAGGCCAGCACGCUCUGUAGGCAUAAAAUCAUCCACACGCAGGAAAAGCCCCACAAGUGUAACCAAUGUGGGAAAGCCUUCAAUAGGAGUUCCACGCUAAACACUCACAUUAGGAUCCACGCCGGCUACAAACCGUUCGUCUGUGAAUUUUGUGGCAAAGGAUUUCAUCAAAAAGGGAACUACAAAAACCACAAGCUGACCCACAGCGGCGAGAAGCAGUACAAGUGCAGCGUCUGCAGCAAAGCCUUCCACCAGAUCUACAACCUGACUUUCCACAUGCACACGCACAACGACAAGAAGCCAUUCACGUGCCUCACCUGCGGCAAAGGCUUCUGCCGGAACUUUGAUUUAAAGAAACACGUGCGGAAGCUGCACGACCCGGCCGCCGCCGCCGCUGCAGCCGCCGUGCCUUCCUCCAAAGAGCUCUCCAGGACCGGACCAAGCUAA